GCGUGGUAGGGAUGCCAAAGCGAGGAGAAUUGAGCAACUCGAGGCAAGGGUUCGUGAGCUCGAAACAGAAAACGAGAGGUAUCCUGAUUUAUAUAGUGUUGAAGAAGGCUAAUAUUUGUACCCGAUUAUUCAAUUUCAGUUCCUUUGAUCUAAACCACUAUGUCGCUCCUCAUCCUUUCAGCCUCUGCCGUCUCUCAAGUAACCUCAACUUUCUCUGCUAAUGAUCUCCGGUCUCUGAUGGCAAACGUAUUUGCCAUCGUCUCGUCGUCUUCGGAUCCAGCGUAUACUCCUCCUCGUAUUGGAAUACCCACGGAGCGUCACCAUGCGUUGUUUAUGCCUGCACGCAUACCCGACCUAGGAACCGCGAUAAAGAUCGUGUCCGUACCUCGUGAAGGCGGUGGUGGUUUACCCGCAAGCACUUUGGUGCUAGAUAAGGAAUCAGGCGCAGUCAAAGCCGUGAUCAAUGCGCGGGAGCUAACUGCAUUGAGGAAUGCGGCAGGCUCUCUUCUAUCGACGACAUUGGUGGGAAUGUCCGAACCUCGAGUUCUGGUCGCGUUUGGGGCUGGCACACAGGUUGAGAAACACAUUGAGUUGCAUGUGAAGGCGUUACCCACAAUCAAGCGUUGUGUCAUCGUCAAUCGCAUUAUGAAUAGCAGAUUGCAGGGUUUGAUGGCCAGAUUAGCUACAACUUGUCCCGGUGUCGAGUUGGAAGCUGCUCCACAAGAUCGUGUCAAGGAUCUUCUGGCGUUAGCAGAUAUUAUUGUCACAGCUACACCCGCUCUUGAACCGCUCUUCCCCUCGAAUUGGGUGAGAAGCGGAACACACGUUGUGCUUAUUGGGAGCUACAAAAAGGAAAUGCACGAGGUUGAUCGCGCCUUGAUAGAAAGGGCAUUUAAAGGCGUUCUGCUGGUGGACUCUAGAGAAGCAUGUUAUGCAGAAGCUGGGGAGUUGGAAGAAGGCGAUCCGGUUGUCGAGAUAGGCGAGGUCAAGCAACGGAGGAGGGAUAACUACGUUGAUGACUUUGAUGGGCCCGUCACCAUGUUCAAGUCUGUUGGUGUCGGGCUUCAGGAUGUUGCUAUCGCUUGCGCUGUUGUUGAAAGAGCUCAAAGCCUAGGCAUUGGCCUUGUGGUGGAAGGGUAUGAUUGAUUGUUGUCAUAAGAUACGGGGAGACAAUUAUAUUGAGGUAUUGACAGCUACUACA